GAUAAGGCUUAAUUUAAAUGCGAUGACUUUUAAAUCUCUUUAUUUCAACAGCUAAGGUUCUGAAUACACUGUACAAUGAAGCACAUUACACGGCCACAUGAUUAGUUAUUCCAAAGAAUUAAAAGGAUAAUUCGGCAAAUUUGUUAUUGGUACUGAUUAAGUUAUUUAUAAUUUUUUUCUUGAUCCUUGUGAAAAAAAUCUUAAAGGACAAUCAAUUUUAAAAUGAAAGAAAUAACAAUUAAGAUAAUUUGUAAACACAAAAUAUUAAAAAAAUACAGUUAUCUUUAUUAAAAUUAAUUCAUUAAAUAAUAAAUUAUAUAGUUUUGGAAAUUCGAAUAAAAUUUGGUUUUGGAGAUAAAAACGUGGGCGAAGUGAUGUCCCAACAUUGAUUUCCUUUCUAUAAAUACCGAACAUACCUACCUAACUAGCAUUACACACAACAAUUACCUACCUCAGCCACAAGAAACAAUUGUUGAAUGGCUUCUUCUAGCUAUGAAAGUUCACCAAUGGCUUCUAAUUUUUGCAGCCAUGAAAAAGUGCUUAGCAAUGGAACGUUCCAUCCAACACCAGUGGUAGUUGUUGUUGUGCCUUUCCCAGCACAAGGGCAUCUGAACCAGCUUCUUCAUCUCUCACGCCUCAUCAUAGCAUAUAACAUACCUGUUCAUUUUGUAGGCACACCCACACACAAUCGCCAAGCCAUAGUUCGUGCACAAGGUUGGGACCCAACUUCUAUUUCAAACAUUCAUAUUCAUGACUUGAAGGUUCCUCCUUUUGUUUCCCCUUCUCCUAAUCCAUAUGCUCAAACAAAGUUCCCUUCACAUCUUUUCCCUUCUUUUGAGGCCUCAACAAGACUUCGUGAACCCGUGGCUUCACUUUUGCAAUCUCUUUCAUCUAGGGCUAGAAGGGUUGUUGUCAUCCAUGACUCCCUUAUGGCUUAUGUGGUGCAAGAUGCUAUUCGUAUACCCAAUUGUGAGAGCUACACUUUCCAUAGUGUCUCUGCCUUCACCAUGUUUUUGUACUUUUGGGAUGCAAUGGGGAGACCCCAAAUAGAAAGUUCUCACAUCCCUGAGGUUCCAUCUCUUGAAGGGUGUUUCACAACCCAAUUCAUAGAUUUCAUCACUUCACAAUAUGAGUUCCAUAAGUUUAGCAAUGGAACCAUUUACAACACCACAAGGGCAAUUGAAAGCCCUUAUAUGGAGUUAAUAGAGAGGAUCAUUGGUAGCAAGACUCAUUGGGCUUUGGGGCCCUUUAACCCUUUGUCCAUUGAAAAGGGUGUGUGUGAAGGUAAAAGGCACUUUAGUGUUGAAUGGCUUGAUAAGCAAGAGCCAAGAUCAGUUAUGUAUGUGUCUUUUGGGACAACCACAUGCUUCACUGAGGAACAAAUAAAGGAACUUGCAAGUGGGUUGGAACAAAGCAAGCAAAAGUUCAUAUGGGUAGUGAGAGAUGCUGACAAAGGAGAUGUGUUCAAUGAGGAACAUGGAGUGAGAAGUGUUGAACUUCCAAAAGGGUUUGAAGAGAGAGUUGAAGGCAUUGGGUUAGUUGUGAGAGAUUGGGCGCCCCAAUUGGAAAUUCUAAGUCACAUUUCAACUGGGGGGUUUAUGAGUCACUGUGGUUGGAACUCUUGCAUGGAAAGCAUCACUAUGGGAGUGCCAAUAGCAGCAUGGCCUAUGCAUUCUGAUCAACCUAGGAACAGAGUUUUGGUGACUGAAGUGCUUAAGGUUGGUUUGGUUGUGAAGGAUUGGGCCCACAGGGAUGAGUUGGUGACAGCAUCAGAUGUUGAGAAUGCUGUGAAGAGGUUGAUGGCAACAAAGGAAGGUGGUGAAAUGAGACAAAAGGCAAGGAACCUGAAAAAUGCCAUUCUCAAGUCCGUGGAUGAAGGAGGUGUUUCUCGUGUGGAAUUGGAUUCAUUCAUUGCCCACGUCACUAGAUAG